AUGCCCGCCGGCUACAGCGCAGACGACAAGCACCGCGGCGGACGCGAUGCCGAAGACGACGACAUCGAGGCCGAGGCUCUGAUCCUGCACCGCUUCUCGACCGACGACCAGGGCCGUGCCACCGUCUCGUCGAUACCUUCUGCCCAAGGCACCGCUCGACAGGCACGAGUCACAGAUGCCUACGACGACCUCGACGACGCAGACGAUGCCGACGACGGCCGUCUCGGCAAGCUGCCUCCCCGCGGCACCCUCGAAGGCUCAAACCCGUCCACCCAACUCGACAAGACCGGCAGACCCGCCUGGUUCCGCGGCCUGCUCGAAGGCGAGGUGCCCGCACUCGGCCUCGGCGGACGCCACGCGGGCAUGUCGGCCACGGCGGCUCAGCGCAACAAGCGUCGCCGCGCCCGCAUGUUCCGCCUCGCCGCCCUCGCGCUCGGGAUACUGCUCGUCGUUGCCGUCUUUUCGGUGGCGCUCGGUCCCAGGAUCGGGCUCGACAUGGACCGCGUCUACGAGUACGCCGGCGACAAGUGGUACGGCGACAGCGGCGUCAUGCCCUACGAGUUCAACCGCGAAAUUGGCUGGCCCGGCAGCUACACGACGGGCAAGCCGCCCCACCUGGCCGACGAGCAGACUGACCCGCGCCUCCGCGCCAGCCCCACGCAGGGCGCCUCGCCCAUCCAGACGGCCGUCCCGGGCUACGGCGGCGACGCCAAAGUUCAGCCCUUUGAGCACAUGGGACCCUUCACCCCGUAUCGCUCCUCGUCUGGCUUCGGCGUCGACGACGCAAAGUACGGCGGCACGCCCAGCUCGCUCGAAGCCUCGACAACGUCUCCCUCCUCGUUGGCCGACCAGCCGUUCUGCAAACUGCAGCAGGUUCACAUUCUCCACCGCCACGGCGCCAGGUACCCCACCGAGCGCGCCCCGCCGACGCUCUUCGACGCCUUCCUGCGCGAGCACCCCGAGGCGCGGUUCAGCGGCCCGCUAUCGUUCAUCAACUCGUACAAGUACCGCCUGGGAACCGAGCUGCUGACGCCCGUCGGAAGGCAGCAGCUCUACGACAGCGGCGCCAAGGCGGCGAUCCUCUACGGCGCGCUGGCCGUCGAGGACCUCAAGGAGAAGAGCAGGACGGGCCUGCCCAAGAAGCUGUUUGCCCGCGCGGGGAGCCAGCAGCGCAUCGUCGAUAGCGGCUUUGCCUGGUUGGCCGGCUUCUGGGGCCAGCACUGGGCCAACUCGACCAACUUUGAGAUCCAGAUCGAGUCCGAGGGCUUCAACACGACCACUGCGCCCGAGUUUGCCUGCCGCGGCGCCAGCAAGCCGGGCAUGUUUCCCGGCGGCGAUGCCGAGGCGCACUUUGUGGACCGGUACCUGGCCGAGGCCACCCGGCGGUUGCAGCGCGACGUCCAGGGCGCCACGCUGACGCCCAUGGUCGUGUACGGCAUGCAGUCGCUGUGCCCCUUUGACACGGUGGCGUUUGGCCGGUCGGACUUUUGCUCGCUCUUCACGGCCGACGAGUGGCUCGGGUUCGAGUACAGCUACGACCUCAAGUUCCAGUACUCGUACGGCGCGCCCUCGCCCAUCGGCCACGCCAUGGGCCUUGGCUGGCUGAACGAGCUCCUUGCGCGGCUCAAGGGCGAAAAGUGGGACCGGUCGACGCAGACGAGCGAGAACGCCACGCUCAACACCAACGACCGCACGUUUCCCGUCGACCGGCGCGUCUAUGUCGAUUUCACCCACGACUCGACGGUGACGGCGGUGCUUGCGGCGCUGGACCUGCCCAAGUUUGCGGAGCCGAUUGACAAGGAGCGACGGCAGGACGAGCGGACGUUUAGGUCGAGCAACAUUGUGCCGUUUGCGGCUCGGCUGGUGGUCGAGGUGUGGGGCUGUCCAUCGACGGGUGGUGGCGGUGGGGCUGCAGCGGCCACGGCGGGGUCGAUGGACAAGUGGGUGAGGCUCAAGCUCAACGAUGCGACGGUGCCGCUGUCACAGCUCAAGGGGUGCGAGGAGCGACCCGACGGCCUGUGCAGCCUGGCUGCGUUUUUGGAGACGCAGAGGGCGCGCAACGACCACGGGUGGUGGGACGUGUGCGAGGCCUAG